AUGCGGAAGCGUCGCGAGCUUGCCGCCGAGCGCUUGGCUGCUGCUCCACCGGACUCUUGCUCCGAAGCACCAUGUCGGCUGGCCGAGGAUUUGCGCACCAUAGUCACCGCAAAAAUAAUUCAAGGCCAGGUGCCGCCCGGAGACCCCGUUGGCCUGCUUGCCGCCCAGUCUGUGGGUGAACCCUCCACCCAGAUGACACUGAAUACCUUCCAUUUUGCCGGGCGCGGUGAAAUGAACGUGACUCUGGGCAUUCCCCGACUGCGGGAGAUUCUGAUGGCCGGUUCCGCAGUGGUCAAACUGCCUCUGGGCAUCGGAGUGGACUACGGCUCCGACACCUGUAAUCUGACUAAACGUCUGGAAGUGGAACUUCGUGAUCAGGGCAAGUCGACGCAAAUAAAGAGCUUCGCACUCAAGGCUCUGGCUCGCCAGCAGAUGGCCGCAUCCAGGGGUGAAGGUGAAGCCGAAGAUGAGGCGGGCUCUGGACCCCGAAAGACAUCCGAUCGCGACGAGUGGAAUGAAGACGAUGGAGCUGAGGCCAUUCGCCGGCGGCGUCUGGAAGCUGAAGACGAACCCGUUGCUGAGGUGGACGGUGCAGAAGUUGACCUUGACGAGGACGAUGAUGAGGUCGCCGAACUGCGCGAGAUUGGCCUCGAUCCUGAGGCCAAUAAGGAGGAUGCAGCCGACGAGGACUCGAACUGGCCCUUCAACGAGGAAUCUUCUCCUCCCGCAGAAGGCACUGCAAAGAAGACGACCUCAAGCUCGUCUGCCAAAAACCGGAAGGCGUCUGAUGAGAAUAAAGCAGCAGUGCCUUCAACGUCGGCGGCGGCAGAUGCAGCUAAAAGUACAGGGGUGGAGGAGAAUAAGAAUGAGGAGAUAGAGGACAUUGAACUUGAUCGCAAUGAAGAUGACCCUGUUGAGGAGCUACUUCUACCUGAAGAUCAGGGCAUCAACGAAGAGGAAAACGCACUGCCAGAAAUGGAUCCAAAACGCGUCGAGGUAUGCGACCACUAA